AUGGAGGCGAAGGCAGCAGAACUACUGGCAGCCUUCAAGAACCCCAACCUGUCUGUUGAUUCAAAGAUCGCCUACCUCUCUAGUGUCAAAUCCGAUAUCAAACAGAAAAAUGUCCCGGAAGGAGCCAUUCGCCCUAUUUUCGAAACAUUGCGCUUAGCCAUCGGCUCCCAACACUACUCUGUCCUUGGAGCGGGGUUUUCCACACUCGGCCACCUCCUCAAGCGGCUUGCAAUCCAAGACCAGGAGCAAUGGAUUGUUCAUCAGGCUCAGAGCUUAUAUCCCAUUCUGCUGGAGCGUCUCAAUGACCCGAAAGAACGCAUAAGAGCCCAGGCUGCGUCGAUAUUCACCGAACUGUGGCCAUUUGCAGGCAACGAAGUCGAAUAUCAUGUUCUGGAAGUUGCGCUGGUCGGGAAAAAUCAUCGGGCGAAAGAAAUGAGCAUGCUUUGGUUGGCGAAUAUGACGAAGAACCAUGGUUUAUUGUUCCGCCAAUAUGUUCCUUCGCUGGUUUCGUGCUUAGAGGACGCCGACAGCGCCGUACGAGAUACGGCGAAGUUGGUCGUGAUUGAUCUGUUCCGAACUGGCCCCGCAAGAGCGAAGUCUGACCUGCAAAAGCAAAUGGCGGCACGUGGUGUAAGGAAAUCCAUCGCGAAUGCUAUCCUUUCGGGAAUUGGCCUAGGGUCCAUUGAACCCGAGACUGCAUCCUCCACGCGUCCAAUCUCUCGGGCUGAACGCUCGAUUUCGGUGAUGUCGUCACGUUCACAUGCUAUGGAACACACUGAUGAUGAGAUGGAGCCUGUGAAGACCCGCCCAGCUUCCAGAGCUACUCGUGAGCGACCUAUAGCCUCCUCUGCACCAUCAGACCCACCAAUUGUCAACCGACCUCGCACACCGGCUCCGAUGCCAGCACCCCAGGAACCGUUGCAAGAUGAUGAUGGUUUGGAACCGUUCGAUGUUGCUUCGGCAAGGGACAUUGAUGAUCUUGUGCGCGAUAUGCUCCCCUGGUUUGAGGGAAGAGAAUCUGAGGAUAAUUGGUCAAAGCGUGAAAAGAAUGUGAUUCUUUUCCGCAGACUGACUCGAGGCAACGCGCCACACGACUUCACGCAGACCUAUCUCAAUGCAGUAAAGACACUUCUUGACGGCAUCCUAAAGGUUCUCAACUCUCUACGAACCACAAUGUCUAGCAACGGCAGUCUUUUGAUCCAAGAUAUUGCUCGAACAUGUGGCCCUAGAAUUGACCCAAUGGUCGAGAUUAUCAUGCAGAACUUGUUGAAACUUUGCUCAGCGUUGAAAAAGAUUGCCGCUCAAAACGGAAAUGCUACUGUUGCAGUCGUCAUUCAAAAUGUUUCAUUCAGCGUUCGCCUCCUGCAGCACGUCUCUUUCGCUUCCCAGGAUAAAAAUGUUGCAGUGCGUCAGUUCGCUACAGGGUGGCUAAAAGCUUUGAUCACCCGCCAGGCUCAUCACAAGAGCGCAGUUGAACAUGGUGGUGGCCUUGAGCUCAUCGAGAAGUCGAUCGUAAAAGGAUUGGGUGAUGCCAACCCUGGUGUGCGCGAAGCAACCCGGAGUACCUUCUGGACCUUCUACGGCGUGUGGCCGGAGCGAGCCAAUGUGAUAGCAGAUAACCUCGAUCCCAAGUCGCGAACCUUGCUGGAAAAGGAUUCUUCAAACCCCAACCCGCCCUCAAAAGGUGCACCUGCUGCACUGCCUGCAAAGAGCCCUGCUAAGAGUCGUUCUGCUUUACAAGAAGCUAUUGCUGCCCGGAAGAAGGCCCAAAUGCCUUCUCGCUCCGAGUCAGCUCAGCCAGUUUUUGCCGAAGCGAAGCCACCCACUGCUGCCUCCACUCGAAGUGUACCCACUGGGGCCCCUCUCUCCUCUUUGUCUUCUGCGCCUAUGAGACCCGCCAUGAAGCCUCGACGGCCAGAAAUCAGUCGCCCUGCAACCGCAGACCCCUAUGCUCGUCGCCCUGAGUCACGAGCCCAGUCUAGUAGUACCCAAUCUAUCAGACAAGCGACAACUUCCCCCCGGGCCAUACGAUCCAAAACAUCAACACCUACAUCAAAGCCCCCCUUAACGGCUCCUCGCACUCGCCCGCAUGAGUCAGCACAAGCUACUACAACGAAAGGCCGGCCGAAGAAGCUCGAUUUGUCCAAGUCCAAGUCCCACAGUGAUCUAAGGGCUGCGAGUCACGCUCGAAGUGACUCGAACGAAAGCCUGACCAACCUGCCAUCUGCAAGAACCCCCCGUCACGGAAAUUUCCUCACUCCAUCUGAAGACCAACAUUUCCCAGCAUCUAUCGUGUUGGAAAGUCCUCCACUUAAUCCAUCACAGCCUCUUCUGUAUUCGGCACCACAUGGCCCUCACGCCGACUCGGUUCCUGUUGAAGAACCGGAACCAAUAAUACUAGAUGAACCUGUUGUUGCCGCACCUCCACCUUACAUCCCUGAGCCAGAUCUUGCGGUAUCUCCCCCGCUCGUGUCUCCCGCUCGGCAUGAUUCAGAUCUGGUCUUUGGCUCUGGUCCUGCAUCUGCAACCAAGCCCCAGCCUGAGUCAAUGGUGAUCUACGAAGACCCCACCACCCCCACCACGGACCAAAAUGAGACUCCUGCCUACUCCGUCUCGGUGGGAAAUCUUUCCCCCUCAAAGUCGUCCCCUAGCCGCCCUGAGCAAACUCAGCAUGGCGAAGCAGAGCCUCAACUCAUAUCCGAAGAUACCCCAGCCUCGGUGGUCACUUCGGCUAGGAACCUUACACCUGAUUUGGUCCCUAGACAGGAAACUGGUAUGAACCUUGAAGUUCGAACUCCAUCUCCAACUCGCCGGACACCGCUUCAACCAAGUCCAUCACCAACAAGAGGCCGUUUCCAACCAGCGGCUUCUAAUAUUAUGGAUAUUGAGGUUCCCCAAGAGCCUCGUUUGGGAACGAGCCGGGCCGAUGGCAACAAUGAGAAUGCGACUCCACACCUGGCCAAGGCUCUGGACUUGCUCGCUGUGCCGCGCUCUGCAGUUAAACCGAGUGCUCUCGAAGAAGUGACGGCAAACGAACCUACACCGCGUUCGCCAGAAGUUUUGAGACAGAGAUUAGUUGAAUCAAUGUCUCAAUCAACACUCUCCCAGUCGACCUUCUCCCAAUCAACGAUGUCUGAAGAUUCCACACGACGCACUCGAAAGUGGGUUGAUCGUCACCGCAGCCCUAGCCCACGUUCCAAGGACCCGGCUAAUGCCAAGGAAAUGAUCCGUAAAGGCCUGGCUCGUAUCCUCUCUCGAACCAUGGAGCCCUCGGGGUAUCGGAAGCUGCAGGGUCUUAUCCAAUACCACGGUGAUGAGAUUGUACCCCAAAGCCAGGACUACAAUGCGUUGCUGGAAGCUCUAUUCACCGAACUGGAAGCAACGCCUUCCAACCGUAAGGACCACGACGUGAAGACACAGGUCCUAGCCACCAUCCGUUCCAUGCUCCUACGGACCCGUGAAAAUUUCCACCCCUAUGACACUCGCGCCAUGGCAGCUAUCAUCCAGGCCCGCCGCCACUACGAGUCCACAUCUCACUUCGUCACUUGUCUAGAGGAAGUGGCAGAGAAACUGGUAUUUUUGACUUUGCCCCAGACGGCAAUUGUCGGUGUUCUGCAGGGUCUGAAUCUUGGAGCAGACGCAGAAAAUGAUGAGACAUACCGGUCUACCAUCAUGGGCUUGAGUACUAUCCAGCAGGCGCUAUCUCGCCCUGGUAUUGAUAUCGACGAUGAGCUUCUGGCUCGCAUCGGUGCUGUGGUCAUGCAGCAGCUCGGGCACCCGCGCCCCGGCGUCAGGAAGAAUGCCACCGAGCUCUGCACGUUCUUGAACAUUACUUUCGGAUCUGAACGAGUGCAAAAAGUCACGCAGCCUCCUCGUGAAGGAUCCCUUAACCUUUUGACAUACUUCAUGGCCAGAAGGACUCAGUAA